GGUAAACAGAUUAACGCGUCAACGGCUAUGGUUGAUAGGAAUGAAUUUUCAUUCGAAGAACUUCGAGUGAGGGCUUUAGAACGACGAACAAUAGUUUCCUACAGUUACAAUGAUAGAGUACAGGUGAAAAAUAUUGGAUAUGUUGAAGGGAAUGAGUUUUCAUUCGAAGAACUUCGAGUGAUGGCUUUAGAACGACGAACAAUAGUUUCCUAUAGUUACAAUGAUAGAGUACAGGUGAAAAAUAUUGGAUAUGUUGAAGGGAAUGAAUUUUCAUUCGAAGAACUUCGAGUGAUGGCUUUAGAACGACAAACAAUAAUUUCCUACAGUUACAAUGAUAGAAUACAGGUGAAAAAUGAUGAAAAUGAGAAUAGCAUUAAUAAAUUGACUUCACUGGAUCAUAAAUUGAAAGAUGAAUCUGAUAUAAAAAGUCCCCGUUCUUCAAAGUUACUUCCCACAAAAAAUGAU